AUGGUAGUUACUGCCCAUUUCAUUGAUUCUGAGUGGAAGCUUCAUAAGAAAAUCCUUGCAAUUGUCCCUGUUACCUCUCACAAAGGUGAAUAUCUAGCCAAAGCCCUAGAAAAUUGUUUGCUAGAGUGGGGGCUUAGAGAUGUGUUUUCUGUGACUGUUGAUAAUGCCUCAUCAAAUGACACUGCUAUGGGGUUUCUGAAGAAAAAAUUGGUGUCUUGGGGAUCAUCUACUGUGAGGGAAAAGUAUCUUCACAUGAGAUGUAUUGCCCAUAUCUUAAACCUAGUAGUUCAAGAUGGUCUGAAAGAUUGUGAUAGUUCUGUUAAGAAGGUUAGGGAGGUGGUUAAAUAUGUUAGAAACUCUCCUGCUAGACUCAAGAAGUUCAGGGAUUUGGCUGAUUGGUUGAGUAUUGAACAAAGGUCUUCUUUGUGUUUAGAUGUUCCAACCAGAUGGAACUCUACCUAUUUGAUGUUGCAGUCUGCAUUAACUUACCAAAAAGUUCUGGUUCAGUUACUGAAGUGUUUUUAUGACAUGACCAUUAGAAUUUCUGGUUCUUUAUAUGUCACCUCAAACACAUUCUUUACUGAGAUUUCUGAUAUGUACUGCAUAUUGAAAGGCAUGGUGGAAGUUGGUGGGCCAGUUGGUGUGGUGGGGAAAAAUAUGAAGGCAAAAUUUGAGAAGUAUUGGGGUGAUGUUGAAAAAAUGAAUCUAAUGAUAUUUUUUGCAAACAUUCUAGGCCCUAGAGACAAGUUAGAGUAUAUGCCUACUUAG